GACUGGCACUGGCCUGCAUCCAGACCCGUAGAAGUGCCCCAGCGUACCGUACUGUGCAAAGUAGAAUGAAAAUUUCUUCCUGACUAUCGUCUUCAAGUCGUGUCUUUAAGUUCUUCUCUGAUCGUUGGCUGUUCUUUCCAUCUCUCGCACGCUUGAACAAAAGAAUGGCAGUGAAGACUCGCAACAUGGCCAAGGGAACCAUUGACCGACAGCCCAUCCCAGUUACCCUCCUGUCAGGGUUUCUGGGAAGUGGGAAGACCACCCUUCUUAGACAUAUCCUGACCUCGGACCAGCAUUCCCUUCGUAUAGCCGUCAUCGUCAACGACAUGGCGGCCCUAAACAUCGAUGUCUCCUUGAUCAAGAGACACGUAGUCUCCCAGACUCAAGAACGUCUGAUCCAGAUGGAGAACGGCUGCAUCUGCUGUACUCUGCGAGGCGAUCUUCUUGAGGAGCUGGCAAGGCUGGCCAAGGAUGGAAACUGUGAUUACAUCCUCAUUGAGAGCACAGGCAUUAGUGAGCCCAUGCAGGUCGCCGAGACCUUCACCGAGGAGUUUGCUGCGGCCAUGAUCGAAGCCGCCAAAGAUGGAAAUCUUGCUGAACAAGAGCAGGAUGAAAAGGUUCUGAGAGAGAUCGCGGAGUUGGGAGGCUUGCACAAGAUUGUCAAACUCGACACCCUGAUCACCGUGAUUGACGCAUUCAAUUUCUUCCACAACUUCUCCACCACAGACUUCAUCACGGAACGAUGGGGCAAGGAGAACGUGGACCCCGAGGACGAGCGUACGGUGACUGACCUGAUGGUCGACCAAAUUGAGUUCGCAAACUCCAUUAUCCUCAACAAGAUCGACAGCGUGGACGAGGAGACGAGAAAACGAAUCCACGCCAUUGUCAAACAAUUGAACCCAUCGGCCAGGCUUUUCGAGGCCAAUUAUGGCAAGGUCGAUGUCAAGGAAGUGAUCGACACCAAGAGCUUUUCUUUCGAGAAAGCUGCCACGGGCAUGGGCUGGCUUCGGAGCUUGCACGACUUGGCCAAGCGCGAGAUCAACGGACAGAUCAAGAUUGCACCCAAGCCCGAGACAGAAGAGUAUGGUAUCUCCAGCUUCGUGUACCGCGCCAGGAGACCAUUCAACCCCAAGCGACUAUAUAAGCUUAUCCAUGACAAGUUCGUCUUGAUGGAAGGUCAAAUCCAAGACGAGGAAGACGGAGAUGACAAAGAUGACGAGGAAGAGGAGGAAGAAGAGGAGGAAAAUGAGGGCAGUGACGAUGAAAACCCUUCACAAGAAGGUAGCGACGAAUGGGAAGACGAGAGUGAGUCGGAUGUCGAAAUGGAAGAUGAAGAUGAAGAAAACGACUUCUCCAAAGCAAUGGAUCCAAAGUUUGUAGCAGCAAACAAAAACAAGGAUCCUGUGUUCAAGGGUCUGCUCCGGUCCAAAGGGUUCUUCUGGCUUGCGACCCGGCCGAAUCUCCACGGGGAAUGGAGCCAGGCUGGCACCAUGCUUACCCUGCAGGGCGGCGGGCCUUGGUUCUGCACCAUCGAUGACGCUGACUGGCCAGAGGGUGCUGAGACACGAAAGAGCAUCCUUGCCGACUUUUCGGGACCCUGGGGCGACCGGCGACAAGAACUGGUUUUCAUCGGGGAGAAACUGGACCAUGAGGGCCUCACCAAGUUGUUUGACCAGUGCCUGCUGAACGAUAAAGAGAUGAAAAAGUGGGAACGCAUCAUGAAGUCGAGCAAAGACAUGGAAGUGGUCCACGACAAGCUGGCCAAGGUUUUCGAAGAUGGAUUCGAGGACUGGCCCGAGUUGGUUCCCGAUGACGAAGACCAUGACCACGCUGGUCAUUCCCACAGGCACUGAGCGAUAACAGUCAGGAAAGUCCAGUCAAAUCUUGAGUCCGUCGAAAUGAGCUGCCGCACGCACUAUCCGGAGACCACAGCCCAUCGGCGCCCCGGAGGUCAAAUGAUCUCGUGUUACAGGACAGGGUGGAGAGGAUCGGGUGUUGAGAGUUUGGCGGAAUGUGCAGCUUGCGUGUACCAGAAGUCCAGAGUUGAGUGUCAAGUGCUCAAGGCAACACGCAUGCUGAGAGACAUGGCCGCGGUGCACCGUGAGCAAGCUGUUGAGCCCGACCAGCUUCCCCCAUCCAGGACUCGUUCUUGCCGCCAACCAUCCGUGUCUUACCGCCGACCUGUCUCAGCUGACAGGUCGAGGCAGCCAAAGGGGUCGCAGCAGGAACUUUAGGGAGCUCCUAUACCCAACCAGCCUACCAAUUGAUGCUUUGCAGGGGAUGAAGAUAUGCACCGAGAGAUGAGAUAGAAAAGCAAUGAAAAAAGUUUGGCUUUUUGUGAUAGUACGUUAUGUCGUGAGAGUCUGCUGAAUGACUUGGCUGGCUCCUGCCCCGCCGAUUGGGCCUGUUGUCACGUAUCGUGUCAAUUGACAUGGAGUACAGAGCCACUCGUAUCUAGGAGCGAAAGGGAUUGGUGGGCUAUGUCCAAGUGCGGUCCCGAUAUCGCUGUAAAUUCAGCUCAGAAGAAAGCUCCUUGGAGGCAGAAAUGGUGAUACGGAAUUGGAAUCGGAGGCUUCAUAGUUCAACGUAGUUUCUGGCUCCUCGGAUCAUUACCUUGCGGGGUAGAGAUGCUGAUUCCUGGACACUGUUCUCAUGGAUGAAGUGUUGAGAAUUGCCAACGUCCAAAUUGACGAGACUCUGGCUGUGCUGGCAGCUUGCGGCACGGCGGAAUAAUUCUCCACGAACGAUACUAGUUCAGGAUAGGGACACAUGGUUGCCGCUCUAUCCUUACGCUAAGCCAUUCUCGAUGGCAUCUACAAGCAGCGGCCAAUAUCCGUAUUUCAG